AUGUCCCAAUUAUUGAAGGACACCUUCCAAAGAUGCAAGGACGAAAAUAGAAGAGCCCUUGUCAAUUUCGUCACCGCCGGCUACCCCACCAUCGAGGACACCGUCCCCAUCUUGCUCGGUAUGCAAGAAGGUGGUGUUGAUGUCAUUGAGUUGGGUAUUCCCUUCUCUGACCCUAUGGCCGAAGGUCCCACCAUUCAGGUGGCUUCCACCGUUGCUUUGGACAACGGCGUGACUGUUUCCAAGUGUUUGGACCUUGUGAGACAGGCCAGAGCCGCCGGCGUGAGCGUGCCCAUCAUUUUCAUGGGAUACUACAACCCACUCUUGAAGUACGGCGAGGAGAGAUUGAUCGCCGAGUCUGCUGAGGCUGGCGCCAGUGGUUUCAUCAUCGUCGACUUGCCUCCUGAAGAAGCCAUCAAGUUCCGUUCCACUUGCACCAAGUACGGUCUUUCGUACGUUCCGCUCGUGACUCCUGCUACCACCGACGCCCGUUUGGAGGUCUUGUCUAAAAUUGCCGACUCGUUCAUUUAUGUCGUUUCUCGUAUGGGUACCACCGGCUCUUUGGCCGAGGUCUCCAGCGGAAUCGCCGAGUUGUGUGACCGUGUCCGUAAGUUCUCCGGCGACACGCCUUUGGCUGUAGGUUUUGGUAUUUCCAACAGAGACCACUUCUUGACCGUGAGUGAGGCCGCCGAUGGUGUCGUCAUUGGCUCGAAGGUCAUCACCGUUUUGGGUGAAUCUCAGCCCGGCACCAGAGGCGAGUGCGCUCGCGAUUUCGCCAAGUCCAUUUUGGGCGCCGACUACAAGCCCAUUGCUCCUCCAGCUUUCGUUGCCCACACCGCUAGCGGCUUGGCUGCCGACUCCAAGGUCACUUUGGAGGAGGAGCGCAAAUACAACCCUCGUUUCGGAGACUUUGGUGGCCAGUACGUCCCAGAGGCUUUGCACACCUGUUUGGCCGAGUUGGAGAGAGGCUUUGAGAGCGCUGUUGCUGACCCAGAGUUCUGGAGCGACUUCAGAAGCUUAUACUCCUACAUUGGAAGACCUUCCAGUUUGCACAAGGCUGAGAGAUUGACCGAGCACGCUGGCGGUGCCCAGAUCUGGUUGAAGAGAGAAGACUUGAACCACACCGGUUCCCACAAGAUCAACAAUGCCUUGGCCCAAGUCUUGAUUGCUCGCAGAUUGGGCAAGAAGAGAAUCAUUGCCGAGACCGGUGCCGGCCAGCACGGUGUGGCCACUGCCACUGCUUGUGCCAAAUUCGGUUUGGAAUGUUGUGUCUUCAUGGGCGCUGAGGAUGUCAAGCGUCAAGCCUUGAACGUUUUCAGAAUGCGAAUUUUGGGCGCCAAGGUUGUUGCCGUCACAAACGGUACCCAAACUUUGCGUGAUGCCACUUCGGAGGCUUUCAGAUACUGGGUGUCGCACUUGGAGACCACUCACUACGUCGUUGGUUCCGCCAUCGGUCCUCACCCAUACCCAACCUUGGUGAGAACCUUCCAGUGUGUCAUUGGCUCUGAGGCCAAGGAGCAAUUCAAGGAGUUGAACGGCGGCCGUUUGCCUGACGCCGUUGUUGCCUGUGUUGGUGGUGGCUCCAACUCUACCGGUUUGUUCUCUCCUUUCGAGAAGGACUUGUCCGUCAAGAUGUUGGGUGUCGAGGCCGGUGGUGAUGGCAUCGAUACCGAGAAGCACUCUGCUACUUUGACCGCUGGUGUGCCUGGUGUUUUCCACGGUGUCAAGACCUACGUUUUGCAAGACUCUGACGGUCAAAUCCACGACACCCACUCUGUUUCUGCUGGUUUGGACUACCCAGGUGUCGGACCCGAGCUUGCUUACUGGAAGAGCACUGGCCGUGCUGAGUUCAUUGCUGCUACCGACGCACAAGCUCUUGAAGGCUUCAGAUUGUUGUCGCAAUUGGAAGGUAUCAUUCCUGCUUUGGAGUCUUCUCAUGCCAUUCAUGGAGCUGUCGAGCUCGCAAAGACGAUGUCUGCCGACCAACACAUUAUCGUAAACGUUUCUGGUAGAGGUGACAAGGAUGUCCAAUCUGUCGCCAAGAUCUUGCCCAAGUUGGGUGACCAAAUUGGCUGGGACUUGCGUUUCGAGGAAGACCCUUCCAAGUAA